AUGGAAUGGGAAAACCAAACCAUUCUGGUGGAAUUUUUUCUGAAGGGACUUUCUGGUUACCCAAGGCUUAAGUUACUCUUGUUUGCGCUAAUCUUCAUAAUGUAUGUGGAUCUUCUGGGAAAUGGUACUCUCAUUUUAAUCAACAUCUUGGACCCUCACCUUCACAUCCCUACGUACUUCUUUCUGGGGAACCUCUCCUUCUUGGGCAUCUGCUACACCACCACCUCUAUUCCCUCCACCUUGGUGAGCUUGCUUUCAGAAAGAAAGACCAUUUCCCUUUCUGGCUGUGCAGUGCAGAUGUUCCUUGGAUUGGCCAUGGGAACAACAGAGUGUGUGCUCCUGGGCAUGAUGGCCUUUGACCGCUAUGUGGCUAUCUGCAACCCUCUGAGAUAUCCCAUCAUCAUGAGCAAAGAUGCCUAUGUGUCCACGGUAGUUGGGUCCUGGAUCAUAGGAGCUGUCAAUUCUGCAGUACAAACAGUGUUUGUGGUACAAUUGCCUUUCUGCAGGAAUAACAUCAUCAAUUAUAUCACGUGUGAAAUUCUGGCUGUCAUGAAAUUGGCCUGUGCUGACAUCUCAGGCAAUGAGUUCAUCAUGCUUACGGCCACAACACUGUUCAUACUGACACCUUUGUUAUUAAUCAUUGUCUCUUAUGCGUUAAUCGGUAUCUUCCAAAUUAGCUCUUCUGAGGGAGCAAUCAAAGCUUUCUCUACCUGCUCAGCCCAUCUGACUGUGGUCAUAAUAUUCUAUGGGACCAUCCUCUUCAUGUACCUGAAGCCCGAGUCUAAAAAGACACUUAAUUCAGAUGACUUGGAAGCUACUGACAAAAUUGUAUCCAUGUUCUGUGGGGUGAUGACUCCUAUGUUGAAUCCUUUAAUCUACAGUCUUAGAAACAAGGAUGUGAAGGAGGCGGUGAAACACCUACUGAACAGAAGGUUCUUUAGCAAGUGA